AUGCCCACUGCAUGCGCUGCAUCCUCGAGGCUGGCUCUCCCUGCCGUUCUGCGCAAUGUCUUCCGCUCUCAGUUCGCCGGCAAGCUGGGCGCCUCCCCGAUGAUUACUUACCGUCAUUCUCCUGCCUCUGGUCCUCUCAUUUCUUCGGGAUCUCAACUCAAACGAACCUUCGCGUCAAUGCCUCACUUGCGUGAUCUCCAGAAUAUUCAAGCAGAUAACGCGGUCCCUGGACACUCCGCUUCUAUCGACCCUACCGAUGCCACCGAGCCAUCUAAACACGCAUCAACGAGGGUCAAAAUGGAUAAGCCAAGGGCCGAGAAAAGUGGAUGGAGUUCACAUAAGCGCCAACCGAACCGCCGUCGAGAGGACUCAGAAAGGACUGGAAGAUCCGAUAGAGAACGCAGGCUUUUUCGCAACGAGUCACGAAGGGAAGCAAAGAAAGAUCCUCUUCGCAAGGCUGAGCUAGACAAAAUCAACCAAGCAAAAGAGGAUGCGGCAAGGAGCGGCAACACCAGGCCCGAGACCUGGAAAGUGCAAAAAGAGGCUUUGAAAGAGAAGUUCCCCACCGGUUGGAGUCCAAUCAAAAAGCUUUCACCCGAUGCGCUCGACGGAAUUCGUACUCUUCAUGCGAAAGCUCCAGAGAAGUUCACAACCCCUGUUCUUGCUGAAGAGUUUGGGGUUUCCCCGGAAGCUAUCCGUCGGAUCUUGAAAAGCAAAUGGCGCCCAUCGGAAGACGAGAUGGAGCAUCGGCGCAAGCGAUGGGAGACGCGACACGACCGAAUCUGGGGUCGCAUGGCUGAACUUGGUCUUCGGCCCUCGACUGACCGCACACGACCUGUUUCGGAUUACCAUGUGCUUUACGAAGACAAUAAUCGUGAGCGGAGAUAG